AUGGCAGCAGUACGUGAUUCAUUAUGUAAUAUGGAACCGGUACAAAUUCCAAGGCCACAAAUUUCCGGUUUACAAUUUAUUCCAACCAGAGGUCGAUUAGGAUUUUAUGCGACAAUUCGCCGUGAUGGUGAAAAAUAUGGUGUAGGAAUGAAACCAAUUGGACCACGACGACCAGUCCUUUCAGAAAGUUUAUUUAAAGAUGAUUGUAAUAUUUCGAAAACAUCAAACAUCAAAACGAUUAAUGAAGGUGACAAAAUGGAAAAUGUAAAAUUGUCACCAAAACAAGAUUUGCAAUCAUUAAAAACAAAAUCAAAUUCGAUGACAAAUAUUUCCAAACAAACAAAUUCGCCGACAAACACUUCCAAACAAUCAUUUCAAGCAUCAGAAAAUGAAAAAAUUAAUUUGAAUGCAAGUAAAUGA